AUGGAUGAUGUUAAAGUCAUCAGUUUGGAGUUAAGUAGGAGUACUGAUGUUACCUUCCCUUCACUUGAAAUUCUAAGGUUUGAAGAUAUGUCUAGUUGGGAGGUUUGGUCAACCAAUAGCGAAGUAAUGUUUCCACGCCUUCGAGAGCUUCAAAUAAUCAAAUGUCCCAAUUUGAGUGAUGUCUCACUUGAAGCAUUACCUUCGCUAAGAGUUUUGGAGAUAGAGGGAUGUGGUGAAAGUGUGCUGAGAAGUCUGGUUCAAGCAGCUUCAUCAACCACUAAAUUGGAAAUUAGAUCGAUUUUAGGGCUUACGGAUGAGGUAUGGAGAGGUGUCAUCGUGAAUCUUGGGGCGGUUGAAGAGCUAUGCAUACAAAAUUGUGAUGAGAUAAGAUACCUGUGGGAAUCAGAUGCAGAGGCAGGUAAAGUUCUUGUAAAUUUAAAGGAAUUGCAGGAUUUUAGAUGUAAAAAUUUGGUGAGUUUAGGAGAGAAAGAGGAGGAUGAGGAUAACACUGGGAGCGACCUCUUAUCAUCUCUUAAGAAGUUGGAUAUAAAGUUCUGUGAAAGUAUGGAGCGUGUGUGUUGUCCAAAUAGCAUUGAGAGUUUAGAUAUCUUUAGGUGUAGUUCAGUUAGAGAUGUCUCCUUCCCAAGAGCAACAACAACAGGUGGAGGAGGGCAGAAUCUCAAGUCACUUAGUAUAUGGCGUUGUGGAAAUCUAAAAUCAAUAAAUCAAUUGAGUAACUCCACUCCCCUCACCUCUUUGACAAUAAGAGAAUGUAAAAACAUGGAGUUAUCUUCUGAUCUUCAUCAGCUAUCAAAUCUCACAGAACUGGAAAUAGAACGUUGUAAAAGCAUAGGGUCAUUUUCUGACCUUGAGCUAUCAAACCUCACCAGGUUGGAAAUAGCAGUUUGUGAAAGCAUAGAGUCAUUUCCUAACCUCCAUCUGCCAAAUCUCACAGAACUGAAGAUUUUAAGUUGCAAAAACAUGAAGGCAUUUGGUGACCUGCAGCUACCAAAUCUAAGCUGGUGGAUGAUAUGGGAUUGUGAAAAUCUGGAGUCAUUUCCUGACCUUCAGCUAUCAAAACUCACCAUGUUAAAAUAUAUGACUAUCUCCAGUUGUCCAAUGAUUGAUGCUUCCUUUCCUCGUGGGCUUUGGCCUCCCAAUUUGGUUAGGCUUACAACAGGGGGGUUGAAAAAGCCCAUCUCAGAAUGGGGCUAUCAGAAUUUCCCACCUUCCCUUGUUUACCUAUCUUUACAUGAUGAACCUGAUGUGAGGAAUUUCAGUCAAUUGUCCCUCCUUUUCCCUUCUUCUCUUACAUCUCUAUACAUAUCUGGAUUUGAUAAUCUGGAAUCAGUUUCAACGGGACUCCAACACCUCACAUCCCUUCAACAUCUCAGGAUUAGCUAUUGCCCUGUUAGAUAUAUUUAUUAA